AUGGAGAUUAUUCAAAAUAAAGAAUUAAGCAAAAGUGUUAUUGAAGAAGCUAAAGAGUUAAACGAGAAAAUCACUAAAAAGAUUGAUAAAAGUAACGAAGAGAUAACGGAUGUUGUUUUUUUGGAUGACUACUUAGAUUUCUUGGAAAAGCAUUGCCGAGUAAAAAUUUGGACUGGUACCGAAGCCUUUCGAGAACUAUUAGUAGGAAUUGAUAUUGCGGCAGAAUUGGCAAAAGUAAAACAAGCAGUCAAGGAAAAUCCACAGAAAGUUAGUAAUGAAAAAUUAAGGUUCUUGCAAGUAACCAAAUUAAAGGAAGAAGACGUCAUUGCUACUAAUCAGCACAAUAACUCUUUGUAUCGAAUAAUUUUGCGAUGCCAAAGGUUGAACUAUUAUCUUGAUUUAAAUAAAAGUUCUGGAAUUUUUUUUCGGGACAUUAUUCACAAUGAAAAGAGAGGUUUGCAGAAGUCUGUCGACCAAGUAAUAUACGGCUCCACUUAUAAACAGAGUGAAGUCAAAAGUUUGCUGCAAAGUUUAAGUGGUAAGGAGGGAAUACUCCGUCGUUAUUCUUUGGGAAAAAGGGUCGAUUAUUCGGCUCGUUCCGUGAUUGUGCCAAAUCCCAACCUACUCCUGAACCAAAUAGGGUUACCAGGACAUCCAGUCCUGGCUAACCGAGCUCCCAGUUUGCAUCGUUUGAGCAUCCAAGGAUUUUAUCCGCAAUUGACACUCGGUAAUUCCAUUGAGCUCCACCCCCUAAUAACUACGGCUUUAAAUGCUGAUUUUGACGGUGAUCAAAUAGCCAUUUAUUUACCGAUAACAAGUAAAGCAUGCGAAGAGAGUCAGGAAAGAGGAAUAAUAACUCUUCACGACCUGGUUGUUAUUCCCGCUACUCUGGUUGGCCGCAAUUUUUCAACUGCUCAGAACCAAUUUCUUUUUACUACCUUAGGAAAAUUAAUCUUCAAUCAAAUCUUGCCGCCUAGUUUUCCUUACUAUGUUAAUAACUUAAAAGAAUAUAAAGAGGAAGGAAGUAAAAAAAAUAGUGAGUUGAUCGAGAUGGAAAAAAUAAGAAAAAAAUGGAAUGAUUAUCAACCAGCGGAAACGUGA